UUUUCUUUUCAGCUUCAUCGGUAUCUGUUGUGUUCGAACGCGUAAUUUGUGGACAUUUUGGUCAUAUUUCAGUCUGUGUUAUUUAGUAAAUUGGUGAAGAAAACAGGAUGUUUACAGAUUAAUUAAUAUUUUUUGGAGAUUUAAAUUUCUUGUCAUUGUGAAACUGAGCUUUAGAGUUCCAUAAGAGAGGAUUGAAGAAGAGGUUCUGGCUUUCUGUUCACAAUGUCCUCACCAAAGCAACCUCGAAAAAAGCGGAGAGUUGAUACCCAAGAAUGCAGUUAUUCUCGCAUAUCUUCUGAAAUUUUGCCUUUAGUGUCACCAAAUCAAGUUCAAAAGAGUUCGAAGGAUCCUAAUAGAGGCAUGUAUCCUAGAAACGAUAGAACAGAAAACAAACGGACUUUAUCAUAUCCAUCAUUUACUAAAGCAUCAAAAUUAUUGAAAAAAUCCACUGAAAAAGAUGUGGAGAGUAAAAAGACAAAAGCUGAGUCGUCUCUAAUAGAAGAUUCUAUAUGGAAAGCUGGCCCAUCCAACAAAAAAUCGGAGGAGAGUGAAAUCGAUAGUGAAGAAGACUUUAAAAUCCAAUUAAAUGUAUUUUCAACUAAAAUUGGGAGAAAGCCACUCAGGCCAAAAUCUUCUACUACUUCUAGUAUGGCUAAUAAAAUUGUAAAUUAUUUUAAGCCUAUACAUUCUUCUUCUAUAAAAAAGAAAGUUGAAAGCAAGACAGCUAUAAAUUAUACUCUUGAAGAUUCAGUUCCUUUUAAGGAUCCUACUAAAGAUUCUGGAGUCUUUUGUAAUUAUGUUUCUUUUCCAUUGCCACCAAGGUCACAUUGUUCUCAAAGAUCUUUGGAUGAAGUAUCUGAACCUUUUAAAUACUAUGGUCUUCUUGAUGAACCUUCUAGUGCUGAGUAUGAUGAAAAUUCUCCUAGUUAUUUUUUGCAUCUACCUCAUCAUGUUUUAGAAGCAAUAUUAUGCCAGCUCCCUUUUAUUGAUUUAAUGAAAAAUCGACUUGUUUGCUCAACAUGGAGAGAUGUAAUAGACGAUUCUAAUUUUAUUGAAUGGAAGAAGAGAUAUUAUGGUCUUAAAAAAAGUAUAACUACUUACACAGACAUCAUGGAAAAAAUAUGCUCAGAUUUCAAAUUGGUUGAGGUAGAAAACUGCUUCGAAACUCUACUUAAGUUUAUGUCAACAGAGUUUAAAAGAAAACCAUCAGCAGACAUGUAUGAAGUUUUAAUGAAGAAUGCAAAAGCAGCUCAGUCUGAACUAGUUCUUACUGAAAGGUUUCCUGAACUAUUAAAUAAUGAAUCAAAAGUAUGGUGUUUACUUGCAGCUGCAUUAUUAAUUUCUGAGACUGUUGAUGAUGUUCUCAGUUUAUAUAAAUCUCUUAUGACACACAAAUCAGGUUGUCCUCUCCAUGACAUUUUAGAUGCAUUUUACUGUGUGGCAGCAUUUCUUUUAUACUUCAAAACUAAGUUUGGGAUAAAUCAUGGACUUCAUUACAGAGUUUACAAUGCUCUUUACUGGAUUGAAAAUGAACUUCCACCUAAGAAUACUCAAGGUGCUCAAAGUUUAAAUAUUCCGAAAGGAUUGCCUGGACAGCAGAGUAUUCAUAGUUACUGUGAAAAAUCAAAUUGUAAUUUGACAAAUGAACAACUAAGAAUCCUGAAUCAUCGUUUACAACCUCAUCAAAUAAUAAAAGUUGUUGCUCUUGCAGGGACUGGCAAGACUACUACACUGAUUCACUUUGCUCAGUUGUAUCCUCAAAUGAAAUUCCUAAAUGUUAUGUUCAAUCAUUCUGUUUGUGAACAAGCCAAGAAGUGCUUUCCACCCAAUGUAACAUGUACAACUGCUCAUUCUUUAGCUUACCCGUUGCUUGGAAAGAGGUUGAGAUUCAAAAUAGCUACUAAAAUUAGGCCCCAUGAUAUAGUUCCUCACAUUCAGGAAUAUAAAGGUUCUCUUUUGCCUGCGCAUACAUAUGCAAAGCUUGUCCAUUCUACAAUACAAAAGUUUUUGUUCUCAGCAGAAGAGGAAAUUCAGUUACUCCAUAUUCCGUCAACUCAAAGUGAAACUGGUGUACGAAAUGUUCAUGAAGCAGACAAACUUAAAAUUCUGAAGGAUGCUAAAUUAUAUUGGGAGAAGAUGAUUGAUCGAAAAAAUAAGCAAGUAAAAAUUACACAUGAUGUAUAUUUAAAACUUUAUCAGCUAGGCAAGCCAAAACUUACUGGUUAUCAUUGUAUAAUGGUUGAUGAAGCUCAAGAUUGCAAUUUAGCAAUGCUUGAUAUAGUGAUGUCUCAGAAACUUCCUGUGAUAUUAGUUGGAGAUCCCAAUCAACAAAUUUAUGGAUUCCGUGGAGCAGUUAAUGCUUUGGAAAAUUUUACUCCCACACAUGUUUAUUAUUUGACUAAAUCAUUUAGAUUUGGGCCAGAAAUUGCUUAUGUAGCUUCAUGCUGCCUAGAAGUUAUGAAGACUGAUCAUUCCAAUACCUUAGUGGGUUCUAAUAAACCAUCGUAUGUUAAUGGAAAGGCAGAAGGACAAUAUGCUGUUAUAGCUAGGAGUAAUACACAGUUGAUCAAUGAAGCAAUUAGGAUGUGUUGCCAAGGGAGAUUUAAACCAAGUGAACCUAGAGUUAUCCAUGGAUGCUUUGUUGGGGGAGUGAGAAGCUAUAAUUUAGAACAGAUGCUAGAUAUCUACAAGUUGUUGAGCCCUGAUUCUAGUUUCGAUUCUGAAUUCUUUUUUCCUCCAGAGCGAAGAUUGAAGGAUAACUUUAUUUCAAAGUUCAAAAGUUUCAAAGAGUUAUCUACUUAUGCAAGAAAUGCUGAAGAUAAUGACUUGUUAAACAAAAUUGAUCUAGUCAGUCAACAUAAUGACAGGAUAGUUGAAUAUGUUCAUAUUCUCAAAGAAAAAUGCAAUUAUCCAAUGGCAUUAGCAAAUGUUGUCUUUUCUACUGCUCAUAAAGCUAAAGGAUUAGAAUUUGAUACUGUUUGUAUUACUGAUGAUUAUCCAAUUGUGCCAAGCAUAGAUUGUAGACUAAGGAAUGACCGAAUUAGCCUCCAUCUCGAAGCUUAUAAUUUUAACUGGCCAGCUGGUUCUGAAGAGAGUAAUAUCGUUUAUGUUGCUUUGACUCGAGCUAAAAAGUGCUUGCUUCUUUCUGAUAAAUUAAUGAGGGUCCUUUUAGCUGCACAGGAAAAAUUUGAAUAUCCGAUGCCUCCCAGUUUAGUAUCUAAUGGUCAAGCUGUACUUGAAUGUGUUGGUUGUAAUGAAAACUUUACACCACACACAAGUCUUAUUUUGGUUCGUCGACAGAUGGUUUUAGGGAAUGGACGUAACAUAAAAGGAGGUGCUUUUUGUGUAAAAUGUGCUACUGAACCUACAGUUCGUCCUCGAGUUCAGAUUGAACCAGUUGUCAUGUUCUUAGAUCCUACUAAUGAUUAUGCUCAUCGUAGCAUGGCAGCAUUUGUAGGACCUUUGCCAUCUGAUCCACCAAUUGUUAGAGAUUCUUUUGGAGCAUUUCACGAGAUGGAUGUUGUAUAUGUUAUAAAUUUGAAUGUGUGACUAAUUUAAUGUUGUAUCUUAUUCAAAAUCAUAUUUUUGUAUAUUUUGAAAAGCACAUUAAGUUUUUAAAAUGUCAUUAAGAUGAACUUUUCAGUUUUUCCUUCAAUCAUUGUUUAUUCUGUAAUAUUUAAUAUAAAUUUCCACAAGCAUGGUUUUUUUUUUUUUUUUUUUUUGUAAAUACAUGAAUAUCUUUAGUGUCAACGAUUUUUGUUUUAUCUGUGUCAAACUAUGUUGCUUUUAUUAGCGUGCAUGUAUGGUUUUGUUAAUAAAUGAUAUUUGAAGCUGUU